GUUUACAUGCUAUAUUAUUGUUAUAUGACGUUACAUAAUAAUAAUAUCAUUGUAGUUCUGUUAUUAUUGAUAAACUACAAUCAGACAUAAAUUUGACAGCGAAGGUGAUGCUGAAUAGAAACCAAAUUCGGGUGAAAGUGUGUAUACUUGAUUAAAGAGAGGACAACAGUCAUGUCUUUUAGAGAUCUCAGAAAUUUUACAGAGAUGAUGAGAGCGCUUGGCUACCCCCGUCUCAUCUCCAUGGAGAACUUUAGAGUUCCAAACUUCCCUUUGGUGGCUGAAAUUCUCAUCUGGCUUGUCAAGAGAUACGAACCUCAGAUGGAAAUUCCAAGUGAUUUUGACAAAGAGUCAGACAGAGUGUUUUUCAUCAAGGCUGUGGCUCAAUUCAUGGCGACCAAGGCUCACGUGAAGUUGAACCUUAAGCGUCUGUAUCAAGCAGAUGGAUAUGCUGUGAAAGAGAUGCUAAAAAUCACCAGCAUUCUUUACAACGCCAUGAAGACCAAAGAGAACGCCGUUGAUCACAGCCAAGAGGAGAAUAGCAAGUUCAAGUUUGAUCUUGGGUCAAAGAUAGCGGAUUUGAAGGUGGCACGUCAGCUGGGUUCUGAGAUCACAGCGAAGGGUGCGACGCUGUACGACCUGCUGGGGCAUGAAGAGGACCUGAGAGAGAACAGGACAGCUGCCAUUGCUCGACCCUUAGAAAUCAUGGAGACAGAGAGAGUCAUGAGAGCAGCUGUGAAAGACGUCACGGAAACCAUCCAGAUGACUAAAGAUCUGCUCAAUAAUGUGUCUUCUGAUGAGAUGAGUCUUGAAGCCAAAAUCGAAAAGAAGAAACAGGACUUGGAGAGAAACCAGAAACGUUUACAAACUCUACAGAGCGUACGUCCGGCAUUUAUGGAUGAAUACGAGAGGAUCGAGGAGGAAUUGGAGAAGCAUUACCAGACUUAUGUGGAAAAGUUUAGAAAUCUGAGUUUUCUGGAACAACAGCUGGACGACUAUCACAGAGCCGAGCAGGAACGCUUUGAGGACGCAGAAAUGACAAUGAAAAUGAGACAAAAUAAAUUAAAAGAGGAGGAGAAAAGGCUCAUGAGGAGUGGAGCGGGAGAUGAAGACUCAGAUGCUGACAUCCCAGAAGAUGAAGGAUCCGACAGCGAUAUAGAUGAUGGACAGCAGACUAGGCCACACCUCACACGUCACGCCCAUUUAUCAGGUCGAGGUGGCGCCCAAAUCAUCGGCAGUAUGAGAGGAGGAGAUAGUGAGGAGCCCAGAACAAAGGAACACAUCUGUCUCUCCGGCAGCCGGAAGCAAAAGAGAGGAAAGUCGGAUGACAGUGAGAUUGAUGUGGACGAUGAUGAUGAUGGUGAGGAGGAAGAAGAGGAGGACGAAGAGGAAGAAAAUGAGGAUCUUGAUGAAGAUAAUGACAGUCUGGAAGGUUCACCCGCCAAACCUGGACGACCAAACCGAUCGCUGCACCCUCAGAUCCUCGAGGAGAGCGAUAAUGAUUUUUAAUUUAUGACUCACUUGUUGAUCUUCUUUCUUGAAAACAUUUAACUGGAUGUGCAGCAGAAUUUUUUUAUUGUGUUUUAUUGAGGUAAUCUUUCUGUCAGUACGGUUUAAUGAUAUACACUUAUUACAUAUAAUAAAUAUUAACAUUAA